AGCCUGCAGUUCAGUCGAGUGCGAGUGGCGGCGCGGUUAUUGUGUACGUCUGUGCGCGGUCGUUUUAUUUGUGUGCGUGGGUUUGUCCGUGUGUUGAAAGUUGGUGCAUGGCAACUGACAGCUGCUUACGGAUUGCGAGACGCAGCUGAAACACCGAAGCGAAACGGCGGGCGCGGGGGCAAUGUGAGCGGCCCCGCUGCGCCGACAGCCGCCUGAUGCGCCCAGCGGCCGGCCCCGCCACGCCGCCGCCGCGCGCUGCCGCCGCCCCACCUCCCGCCCCGGGCGCCCAUGCGGCGCCGCCGCCGCUCCUCCCGCUGCCCCGACACCUGCGCCCCGCCUCUAGAUGAUAGACAAGGCGGCCGGGAUGGACAGCUGGCCCAGCGCCGUCGGCAAGGAUGUCACCUCGGGCUCCGUCACCGUCAUCAGCGUGCGCGACUCGGAGCACGGAAACAGUAUCAAGUACUACCAGACUUGUAAUGGAACGGUGAUGCCAGAGCAGAGCCCUGGGCCAGCCGAGAAGACUGCCGUGCCUAUCGUGAGCCAGAACGGCAGGGAGAAUGGAGACGAUGGCUCGGGGUCCGACGGGGAAGUCAGCAAGAUUGACUUCACAGGUGUGAACCUGAGGACGAAGAAGACGCGUGUCGUGAACGGCGAGGAGUCGAGAGAUGGGUUCGAGGAACCAGAGAGACCCAUGUCGUGGGAAGGGGAGCUGUCCGACUCGGAGAUGGGCGGAGGAGCAGACAGCAAGCAGGAUCACCACGAGGAGAUGAGCAUGGAAGGGGUGCAGCAGUGCACGGUGAACAGCAAUCACCAUCUGCACGGCCACGUGCCCGCACGCGACGAGACCAAGCCCGCGCCGCUCAGGUUCCUCGACAGCACGGCGGAGCCGGCGACGGCGAAGCCCCUGCCCUUGCCCCCGCACGGCGCGGAGCUGCCCCUGCUGAUGGACAAGCUGCUGGGCGGGGGGGUCGGCGGGGGCUACAACACGCCCUCCAACAGCCCCGUGCUGCAGCAGAGGCACCACCACUCCCUGAAGCACGCCGUGCCCCCCACCCCCAGCCCCGACUCGGCGAUACACUCGGCCUACUCGUACGGCUCCCCCACCCAGUCCCCGGUCACGUCGCGUCACGGGAGCAGCCACGGCCUGCCGUCGUCGGGCUUCAGCUCGCCCUACACGCCGUCGCUGUCGCGCAACAACUCGGACGCGUCGCAGCACGGCAGCUGCUACAGCUACUCGUCCGUGUCCAUCUCGCCCACGCAGUUCUCCCCCACGCACUCGCCCGUGCAGCCGCGCCACGCGCGCGCGGGAUUCCCCUCGCCGGCGGUGGUGUACCCGGGCGUGGCGGCGGCCCGCUUCGCGGCUGGCCCCGGCGACGACUACGGCCAGCAGGACGGCGCUUCCACCGACACCACCGAUGACCGAGAAAGUGGGAGCAGUAACUUGGAUGAGAAGAUGUCUUCCUUGGCUGCGGACCUUGUUCAGCAUUCCACACUUGCUGCACCACCUGGAAUUUCCAGGCAACAACUUAUUAACAGUCCGUGCCCAAUUUGUGGUGAUAAAAUCUCUGGUUUCCACUACGGGAUUUUUUCAUGCGAGAGUUGUAAAGGCUUCUUCAAGAGGACGGUGCAGAAUCGCAAGAACUACGUGUGUUUACGAGGCUCUUCGUGCCCGGUGACGAUUGCCACGAGGAAGAAGUGUCCUGCGUGUCGCUUCGAGAAGUGCCUCAAGAUGGGCAUGAAGCUCGAAGCGAUCCGUGAGGACCGGACGCGCGGGGGCCGCAGCACGUACCAGUGCUCGUACACGCUUCCCGCGAGCCUCGUCGCGCCUCAAGGCGGCGACAAGAUGUACGCCUCCUCUGGGGACCCCCAGGUCAAGCUGGAGGCCCCAGAUGUGGGGGCGAUCGCCGGGAGCAGCGGCGGCCACCACGGCAACAGGCACCACGAGAAACUUGUCCCUCAAUUAUUGCAAGAAAUAAUGGAUGUGGAACAUUUGUGGCACUUCAACGACCAAGAAUCCCAGAAGAUGUCUUCGAACUGCAGUGCCCCCGUGGGCAGCAACAGCAGCAACACCAGCAACAGCAGCAACCCCGACUUCCUGUCCAACUUGUGCAACAUCGCUGACCACCGACUCUACCGCCUGGUCAAGUGGUGCAAAAGUCUUCCGCUCUUCAAAAAUAUUUCCAUCGACGACCAGAUCUGCCUGCUCAUCAACGCCUGGUGCGAACUGCUGCUGUUCUCGUGCUGCUUCCGGUCCAUGUCGACCCCGGGGGAGAUCCGGGUCAGCCUGGGCAAGUCCAUAACGCUGGCCCAGGCCCGGGAGCUGGGCCUGGGCGCGUGCAUCGAGAGGAUGCUCAACUUCACGGAGCAUCUGCGCAGGCUCAAGGUCGACAAGUACGAGUACGUGGCCAUGAAGGUCAUCGUCCUCCUGUCGUCAGAUGUGAACGACCUGCGCGAGAGCGAGAAAGUGCGUGCGUCGCAGGAGAAGGCGCUACAAGCCUUGCAGCAGUACACGCUCACACACUACCCUGACAUCCCAUCCAAGUUCGGCGAGUUGCUUCUGAGGAUUCCCGAGCUGCAGAGGACUUGCCAGGUUGGUAAAGAGAUGCUCUCGAUAAAGAACAAAGAGGGAGAAGGCCCGAGCUUCAACCUUUUGAUGGAAUUGCUGAGAGGCGACCAUUGACGUGCCCAUGGAUCCUUGAUGUGCCUUUCUUUCAAAAGUGCAGCAAAGUGAUUGUGGGCCAGUGGAAAAGACGGAGACAAACCCAGUCGGUGAAUGGUGACGGGGGUGGUGAUUUUGGUUACUUUUUAUCACGCUUUAAUUUACUUGGCGUGUACGAACUCAUGCUGACUUUUGAGAAACUGUUUUUAUAAAGUGACCAAGAAGUUUCUGCAAUAAUGACAAUGCAUCAAAAGAAAUAAAAGAACUACAAUUUUUAUUGUACAUAGGUGUGAUUUUGUGCAUGAUCUGUGUACAUACAGUGAUAAAAGAUUUUCUAUUGUUUUCCAUGUUUUUGUAUCUUUUGUGACUUUUUAAAAAUAUAUAGAUAGAUUUUUAUAUAUCAUAAUAGAGUUAUUAGGAAAGACGUCUUUCUAAAAAGUGCUGUUUUGUUCUGAGAUGGUGUUAUUUAAUAACACACUCGGGAUGCUUUCUAAAAGCAGUUACGUAGUAAUCACAGUUAUAUUUCUUGGUAUUUUGUUUUAUUCCAGACCCUAAAAGAGGCUACAAGACAAGUUAUUUUGUUAUUACAUCUUUGGAUUAAGGAACACAACUACUACAUUUGCUACUUGAAUUUGUAGUAUUUCAUAAUGAUAAUGAUUAUUAUUGCAAGUUAAAUAUAACUUUAAACUGUUAUAUUAUUUGUAUUAUCACGUUGGCAGAAAUACGUUUGAAUGGAGAACUGCAGCUUUGGAAGUAACUUAAGAAAUAACUGUAAUGUAAUAAUUGCAGCAACAAAAUGCGACGAAUUUACCAAGUACUCGUUACUGACGCUACAGUAACGAAUAAUCAAGCUCAUGUUGUUGGGCAAAUACUUAGGCGAAAACCCGGGAAUCAAGAUAGUAACUCAGUGGAGAGUAUUUACUUUUGAAUUAUGUUUGUAGUACAAACUGGAGAUGUCUUUUUUUUUUGUGAAUUUUGUGAAAAUGGGGAGGGGAGCCUGUGUGAAAGAAACAUCACUACGAUGGGUAAUAAUAGUCGGUGAUUUGAGAGCGGUGGAGUCCAUGUUGCUUUUCACAACCGUGGUUGGUGUGAAGCAGUUUAAUGAUCAGAGUGUUAAAAAAAAAAAAAUAGUUUUAAUUUGAACUUCAAUAUACAGCAGGAUCUGGUUUGCUACACCAGUUCGAUUUCUGUAAAACUGAAGUUUGGAAUCUUGUUUAUUCUGAGCAAAAUUUGUGUAUUUAACGUAUGCUUAUCAUAACGAGAUACUGGCACGGUUGAGCAGGAUAUCACAUUUCUCACAGCAGUGUGUCAACUGUGUUGAAAGAAAAUUCCACUGGUGAAUCCAUGUGUUCCACUUUUUUUUAUUGUCCUUCACAUCAGCCUACUCAUUCUCAUGCUGAAUUGUAGAAGAAAAUGUGCAAUUUCAUUCAUGCGUUUAUUGAAAAGGUUAAGAUGGUUGCAUUCGUUGGGAGAAAAAAAAACCUAUGUACUGUAUACAGUGAAAGGAAUAUGUGGUAAAUGGGGUUCUGCUGUAUAUUAAAAAUAUGAUUGAUCUUUGUUUUAACAUAUUGUUUUGAGUGAUAGUAUAAAAAAAAUUUUAAAAAUGAAAAUAUCAGGAUUAUUUUUAAUUUUUGGGAUGAAGAUUGUGAACCUCUACAAAAAUAUAAUACAUGAAAGACACCAAAUUGACUGGAUUUAAUAGUUGUGUAGCUGACUACAAGUAAAAUCUUGAUUUUUUUUUACAGAUAUUUAAAAAAAAUUUUAUUGCCUUAUAUACUUAAUAAUAAGACCCCUUUUUAAUGAUUCGUAGAAUUGAGCAAAUUCAUGUGUGCCCACAGUGCAGCUCGGUUUUUGUGAAAAAUUAUAUAAAUUUGUUAAAUAACUAAUUUUUAUAAAAUGCAUAAAAAAUUGCAUUUAUGAGGGUUUAUCAGUUAUCUGUAUAAAAUUAAAAAAAUACCUAUAUUUUUUAUGCUGUCUAUGAAAAUUUCUAUUGUGUAAAACAUAAUUUUUUUGCAUAAUUGAAUUGUUUAGUAGUUGUAAAGACUGCUGAAAUCAUUUGAAUCAGGCAGUAACAUGCCCAAGAAACAUUUGUAGUAAAUGUUCCAUGCUCAUAAUUUUGUACCCGUAUGUUUAAAGUUUUUAAAUUUCCAGCAGCUAGUGACAGAUCAAAAAUAAGAGACUGUUUUUUUUAAACUGAGUCAGUCUGUAACAGUAUGCAAGACUAAAAUGAAAUUCACUAUUGUGAUACGUGAGACAUUCACUAAUCAAGUGUUGCAAGGAGCACUGAUUUUUUUCAAAACCUGUUAAACAAAAUGUAUUAAUAAUUUAGAUAUGUUCUGUAACUGCGUGAAUGGAUUGAUUGUUUAUCUUUGUUAGUGAAAUGUUUUACAGUGUGCCCAAUAGAAGUCUUAAAAGUGAAUAAACACAGAUAAAUAAAUAAAGUGUAUUUGACAUAGUGAAGUAUGUGCACUGGAAGGAUCGAAGAUACAAUUGAUGAAUUUAACUCGAGGGCUUCCUUGCUAGUACUGGUUGGUGACUUCAUCAAUGGCAGAUAAGCCAUUUUUAUAUGUCGCAGCUUGCAAACAAGACAUCCCCAAGUAUACAUUACAUCGGAGUAUCUGCAGACAGGAAAAAUGGGGUAAAACUCAGGAAACUAAAGAAAUGUCUUAAAAAACCUUUAAAACACAGGGAAAUUAACAAUAUACUAGUUAAUAAAGAGUAUUCGUAAUUCCUAGACACAAGUUUUAUGGUAUUAUUUUCAGGCUGAUAUAGUUAAAAAAAAUUUUCAUGUUAGGGUUUUUAUUUUAUAUUAAUUACAUAUGUUUAUUCAUAAAGAUAGCAAAAUUUUCAACAAAUACGACACUUUCUUGUUCAAUGAUACUUUCUUCACCAAAACAGUGUCAUUUUGACUGAUACAUGAUGCAAUUUUACAAUAUAAUGAUAUGUAAUAAGCUUGUCUUACCUACUGGGAACAAUAAAUAUAAAUCUGCAAGUAUAUGUGCGUUUGUAAAAUGUUACAAUGUCAACAAAAAAAAAGAUUUUUUUUUUAAAAUCUAAUUAAUACAUACAUUUUGGUACUAAUUCCAUGCUAAAUAAUUUACAUUGAUUGAUAUUAAUGUGUUAAAAUAUUCAGUUUUUGUAAUCUCUGAAUUCAAUUUAGAUUAAAUAUUUUGAUUAAUUUCAUGAUUUUAGUCAUUCAUUUCAGUGUAAUAUGAUGUGUUGGGAUGUUUUUCAGUGUUAUUUUGGCUUUAUUGCAAUUCAACCACAUAAUAUCGUCCCGAGUAAUUUCUCGUUACAUGUAUGUCAAUUUGUAAAACCGGUUUGUAUUUUUAUCAGAAAUUUAUAUGUAUGCAGUUACUAACCUGUAUUCAAUUUGUACUUACACUGAUUCAACAUUAGGGAUACAAUAAACUGGGUUUCAAUUUGAAGCACGGUCAUAUAUCUAAAGUAUUUCGCCGAUCUCAAUCAGUAAUGUAAAUUGUAAUAUAUCUAUGGGAAGAUGAGACAGGAGAAAAAAUUUUUUAAGUAUGAAUGGGAAAAUUUAGGGAAGUUGUCUGAAGUAAGACAGUGGUAACCCCUACAUACAUCAUCUUGCAUAACGAUGUAGCACAAGACAAAGCAGCUGCCUGUGCCUACAAAUCAGCAAUCUGGAACGCUGCACGCGCUAUUGCCACAGAUGUUUCAAUAAGAAACAGCAGCUUGCAACAACUGAUAUGUGCUUUAUUUACAGUUAACAAUCAAGACCCAUCUACAUAAUGUACAUUAAUAUUUUUUUCCCUUUAAGUUAUUAGAUUAAAAAGUUACAGUAAGGCUGAACAUACACCACUGGUGAAGCAGCACAACAAAUGUUGAUGUUCAUUUUUUAUUUUUACAGAAAAAAUUUUUACUUAAAUUAUUGUCUGGGUUGAGGGGGUCCAGUGCAUAGUAUGGAAUAAAUAAAAGUGUAGUUGGUGGAAAUUGAACCAGAGUCAACAGAUUGCCAAGCCAUGCUUUUAACCACUGCACCAAUCCACUGAAUUGAUGAUAAUUUAAAAAAAAAUAAAAAAUGUUAUAUAAAUAUACUUUACAAUCUUUAAAGAGCUUUUUCUCGCUUUUUAGGGCCUGCUCAGGUGAGAUAGGCUAGGACGUUGAAAAACCUACUUCUACUCACACAGUUUAAGCAAAUUUGGUGAGCCAGAACUCGGACCCUUUUCUUAGUAAGAUGUCAACUCUAAAUUUUCCUAGUUUUGCAGCUUGUCUUUUUUUUUUUAACCAGGUCGUUAGGUAUAAAAAUAAAAAAACUUGAUGGUUUUAAGCCGUAAUCUUCAUCACAGCCAGGUGCAAUGCAAGAGCGAGGCCUCUUUAACUUAACAAAUGCAGGACAAUUUUAAGGCAUUUGUACAGAUUAGGCAUUGACCAAGAACCCAAACAAAUAAAAAAAAUAGUAAUCUGGGAAAAAAAUUUAAAAAAUUGAGACAGAAUUAGUAAUAAUAUUAUAUUUUAUAUAAAACUCCCAUUUAACAAAAUGUUAAUAAUGGGUUCCACUGUUACCAGCGCCGUUAGUUCGUAGGCCGCCGUGAGCUUCACUAAGUUGACGAGACACGCCAAGGCAAAGGAUAGGAAGUUGCCAGAUAUAUCUAUAUGACCGUAAUCUUGAUCAUGGUUAAGGGGUCCUUAAACCUCCUUAAUUUUUGAUUUCACAAGAGGGUACAAACCAUGUUUAAGUCUGUGUAAUACUGGUUCAAUUUGAAUCUUUUUUUGUAUAUUCUUGCAUUGCACUAAAAAUAUUCAGUAAUUUUUGGAGAACGGUAAAUGUUGUGGCAUUAAUUGCCAUCUUCCUUCCAUUCGGUGCACUAUCUGUUAUCUAUUUCUGAGUUUUACAAAACUUGACUGCAUUGUAUUUUUCCUUGAACAUGUAGUAUGUGUGAUGUGUUUUUGAUAGUCAUUUUAUUCUGUCAGCAUUCCAGCUGCCAGCACCCUGGCUGGGGAUCUUUGUACAUAUCUACGAAAUCAGUGCACUUGCAGCCGAGACGUACUUAAGUGGGGGACUCGUGUUCGUUCCCCAGCCAUAACGCUGUAUGCUUCGACUCAUUUUUGAGUUCUUCAAGAAACCCCACCUGUUGUUGACAAUAGUGAUAUUGGAUAUUUUUAUUUGUAGCAAUAUCAGAGUAUCAUUAUUAAAAAAAAAUACUGUAA